AUGUCCUGGCGCCUGUUACUGUGUUUGCUAAACGUGCUCGCCUUCGCAGCCGCCGCCUCACGUUUCAUUCAGCCACGCGAAGCAAAUCUCUGCGAAGGCCGGCAGAGUCCAGGUCCCAUUUGCGAGUCCUGCGAUCUGUUGGCCACUUGUGUGCGCCACUCCAGUGGCUGGGUCAACAUUCCUGUGGAGAUAUGUGACGCGCAGAAUGGCUAUUAUUGCAAUUCGCAACUGGGUGCCUGCUCCAACGCCACCGGUCCAUGUCAUCCCUUUGGCAUCGAGGGGAAUUUCCAGUGCACUUCACAGGGCAUAUUUCCGGAUCCAUAUGACUGCCAGAAAUACCACAUGUGCUAUUUUGUGGCCGAGACGCUAGUGGCUGCAGCCGUCGAUUGUGCUAAUGGGAAGGCGUUCGAUACACGCUCAGGUCAAUGCACCUUAAGCCUACAGAGCUCAACUUGUAUCCAAAAGCAAUAUGACUGCCCUUAUGGGGGCUACGUGGCACCCUGGCCUACCAACCCGAACAUCUUCUAUGUUUGCAAAUCAACCGUGAAUCAGAACAUGAACGACAGUAUGAUCCUGUACCCUUCACUGCAUCGGUGCGCCGAUGGAGAAGUUUUUGAGCAGUUUGUCUGUCGAGGCAGCAACAAUCUAUUUCCUACUCAAAACACUCUGCUGAACCCAAUAAUGCCCACAAUGCUGCCCGACGACUCCGAUAUGGAUCCAAAUGAUAACGCCUUUGCAGUUAUCCCAGAGCGUUGCGAGCAUGUCGGCCUCAUGGCUGACGGCGAUAAUUGCCGCAAAUACUAUUACUGCUCUGCCGUGAACAUGACCGUCAAACAUAUAGAGUGUCCUUCUGGAACCUUUUACAAGCCCGAAUCAUCGUCUUGUGUGCUGGGAGCUUGUUGA